CUUGAUCUGUUUGAUCCAGCUGCUACUGAGACGAGCUGCCCAGACCUCAGAGCCUUGAAGGACAGACUUGCCAAGCUAGAGCUCGCCAUUAACUAUCAUUUUGUCCGGAGAGUUGGUCAGAAAUACUUUGUGUCCAACAAGGAGAGAGGCUCUUUCUCCAGGGCUGUCGAAUUCUGCUCCCAACAACACAUAGAGUUGGCUCUGCCCCAGAACGAGGAGGAGAACAAUGCACUGACUCAAGUGUUUGGCGAUGUUUACAAGGCAGCUUGGAUCAGUGUCAACAACAAAAAGGCAGAGGGAAAUUUUGAGGUGGAUAUGAAAAACCAACGUCUGACAUUUACCAAGUGGGGAGAAGGUCAGCCAGACAAAUCCAUCCAAGAUACAGGCUGCACCAUGCUGUCAGAAAACGGCAUCUGGCAAGUUACACCAGAAUGUUCGCUGAACGCUUACAUCAUUUGUCAGUUAUAGAAAGUUCACAGUUCCUUGCAAAUCUCGCUUUGGUCGAUUUUCUUUCCCCAUGUCAUGUUCAUCUCAACUUUUCAUGAAGGGAAUUAACACAUAACUUUCUUAAACAAUGAUAAAUUACAUUCUACCCCGUGUGGGUUUUUUUAACAGUUUAUUAUUUU